AUGUCGUUCGUCAUCCGCCGAAGCGUGUCAACGCUUGUUCCUCCCAAGGUGACCUCAAUUCUUCACGGUUGCAAUGAAUAUGAGCUAACAGACAUUGUACAGGUCGCAAACCCUUCGGGAUUGGGAGCUGCCAAAAAUGCCCAACGUAUGGCGAAAAUAGCGAAAUUCUACGAACAAUUACCUAAAGGACCUGCCCCCAACCGAGCGCCUGGUGGACCAUUGGGCUGGUAUCAAGCCAAAUAUUUCGGAAAGAACCCAUCCGCUGCACCUAUCUGGCACGUCAUUUUCGGCAUUAUGGCAUUGGGAUACAGCAUGGAGUACUACUUCCACCUAAGGCACCACAAGAACAAUGCUCACUGA